ACAAGGUCUUUUCCCUCCACUCCCGGCCUCCUCCCUCCACUCCCGGCGACCUCGCCGCCGCCGUGGCCAUGGACCGGUGGACCGGCGUCCUCCACGUCCCACUUUCCCGAGGCGGACCCCUCUUCCGCGUCGCCGCCUCACUCCUCCUCUCGCCCGCCAAAACGCUCGCCCAGGUUCCACGGGUCAACGCGAUCCUUUUCACGGGCGACCGCGUCCGCGGCACCGGCGAUCCGGCGAUCGAACGGCUCUCGGACGCCGCCCACCUGGCUGGGGUCCUCGCUGCGAAGCUCCCUGUGGAGACCAAUGCGUGGGUGGUCGACGCCGCAUGCUUUGCUGGGUCAUUUGCGGUGUACCGGGAACUUGUUCCGACCGUGGACGGCGCCGGAGACCCCAAGGGGUAUGACCCCACUGGCCUUCCGGCCGCUGCCGGUGUUGCCAACAUCCUUGCACACAGCAUCGGUGAGAUACAAAAUCGGUUCUUGGGGUUCUCAGCAAAGGAUUCGGCAGCCAAUCAGCAUCCUUCAGAAUCAUUAUCAUCCUACUCUCCUCCUAGGACUAUCAUCCUUGGCUUCAGCAAGGGUGGAGUUGUUGUCAACCAACUUGUGACAGAACUUUCUCGUUGGGCAUCAGAGUCAAUGAAAAACACAGUUGAUAUUUCAAGACCAAACCCAUCGCAUUUGACCGAGAAUCUCUUGGUUCCUACUUCAAAUAGUGAUGUGUUAUCAAGUAUUUCUGAAUUCCACUAUGUGGAUGUUGGCCUCAACUGUGCUGGAGCAUACAUAACUGAACAUGCAGUGAUCAAGAGGAUAUGCGAUUAUGUUGUACAUGCUGAUAAGAACCUCCGCUUUGUCCUUCAUGGUACUCCAAGGCAGUGGUCUGAUCCGAACCGAACAUGGAUCCGGAAGGAGAAAGACAUAAUGCUCCAGGUACUUCGAGAUGAGGCUCAGAGGAGUGAGCGAAGACUUGUGUCAUCUGAGAAGGUGUAUUUUGAGGGUAGACCUCGCAGCCUGCUGAUGCAUUUUGAGAUUUUGGAAGCAAUGGAUAUAAGCUGAUACUCAAUACGUACAGGUUUUAGCCUUGUAUUUUAUCCAAACAUUUGCUACAGAUAAUGUAAUGUGAAUAUACUUCAGGGGUCUUAGAUGCUUUUCUUCAUGCUGAAUUCAAGGUAGUGACAUUCUGUUAUUUGUCUUUUACAAGGUAGUGGAUUCUGUGCUGUGGUUAGAUUUCCUAAUGCAGGAACUGUGGGGGAAAUGGUAUUUUUUCUACUUUUAAGUAAUUAACGUGCUAUUCAAAGCUUUAAGCUGCUAUUGUAACACUCCUGAACUAAUCUGUAUUGAAUAUACCUUGGAUUUUCUAUUGGGAUAACAUGGUGCCACUUUAAUAACUGGAUGACAAACUAGUUUGUUUCCUUCUUUGUUCUAAGAAUAUUGACUGAGCCUCACUCAUUUGGUUCACAUUUGAUGACAUUAGCAAAUGUUCCUCUAAUUUUCCUUGCUGAGAUAAUGCUUAGGUACUGAUGACAUAAUGCUCCAGUUAAUUUGUGUAAUACACUGUUGCUUGAUAAAUUCAACCAUUGGCGUUGGUAAUGGACAAAACCUGCUGACCGGUGUAAUAUUACUAGAGUGCUCAAACUAGAUUCUUGCUUUCUUUAACUCGAAAGUUAUUUCUUAUCAACAUUUUUUUUUUUUGCAUACUGGGACAUUUAGAAGAUCCCAUCAUUUCAAUAUUUUCCAUGCUGUUAUUUUUUCGAAAGGCUGAAUUUUCAUUCCAUGCUGUUAUUAUGUUGACAUAUUGUGUUUAUACGGUUUUGAAUUUUUCUAAUGUUUCUGACCUAUACUGAAGCAUCCCAGUCCCAGCUGUAUUUGUUUUCUGAAGUAAUCCUUGCUGUAUAUUCUUUUUUAGGUAAACCUGUUUGAAUUUUCAUUCAGUAACUUUCUUGUAACCAUGCCAUCAUGGUAAACUUCAUACUAUAAAACUCUGUGCUUUUUCAUCCUCUUUAAUCUUUUCCCCACAUAUUAUGUGAUUAACAGAUACAAAAUUUGUUCUUGGAGUUCUCAGCAAAGGAUUUGGCUGUCAGUCAGCAUUCUUCAGCAUCGUUGUCAUCCUACUCUCCUCCUAGGACUAUCAUCCUUGGCUUCAGCAAAGGUGGAGUUGUUGUCAACCAACUUGUGACAGAACUUUCUCGUUGGGCAUCAGGAUCAGUGAAAAACACGGUUCAUGUCUUGAGACCAAAUCCAUCGCAUUUGACCCUGAAUCUCUUGGUUCCUACUUCAAGUAGUGAUGUGUUAUCAAGUAUUUCUGAAUUCCACUAUGUGGAUGUUGGCCUCAACUGUGCUGGAGCAUACAUAACUGACCAUGCAGUGAUCAAGAGGAUAUGGAUUAUGUUGUACAUGCUGGUAAGAACCUCUGCUUUGUCCUUCAUGGUACUCCAAGGCAGUGGUCUGAUCCGAACCGCUCAUGGAUCUGGAAUGAGAAAGACAUAAUGUUCCAGGUGCUUCGAGAUGAGGCUCAGAGGAGUGAGCGAAGACUUGUGUAAUCUGAAAAGUUGUAUUUUGAGGGUAAACCUAGCAGCCUGCUGAUGCAUUUUGAGAUUUUGGAAGCGAUGGAUAUAAGCUGAUACUCGAUCCGUAAAGCUUGUAGCCUUGUAUUUUCUCCAGAGCAUUUGCUACAGAUAAUACAAUGUGAAUAUACUUCAGGAGUCUUAGAUGCUACUUUCCUUCAUGCUGAAUUCAAGUUAGUGCCAUUCCGUUAGUUGUCUUUUCCAAGAUAGUGCAAGAGAAGUCAUAGUUGACGAUCAAAAACAGUUGAAUACCUCAAAUUGAAAUGAUCUUAUAGGAAUACUUAUGUGAGGUUCUUUGUCUGAA